UCAGUUCGUUUCCCUCCGAGCGGGAGCUUGCAUAAUUGAGAAAAAAAAAGUGGAACAGUUAACUUUCUUUAAUCCUUAGUCAAAUCUGUACGAUUUCUCUCAGAGACAUGGCCCAACACAUCCACGAGGAUUUACCAGCUAGCCUUGGGUGUUUAAAAAAUGUUGAUGCCCUGCUCCGCUGUCCGAUUUGCUUUGAUUUCCUCAACAUCACAAUGAUGACUAAGUGCUCCCACAAUUUUUGCUCCUUGUGCAUCAGAAAAUUUCUUUCCUACAAGCUGCAUUGCCCAAUUUGUAACGCACAAAUGACAGAACAGGACUUACGGAACAACCGUCUGUUGGAUGACUUGGUCGUUAACUUUCAAGCUGCAAGGCAGCAGUUGUUAAAAGCUAACUUCGAAUCUCCCCCAAUCUCACCAAAGACCCCAGCUUCAGCUUCCAAAUGCAAAACCCCCAGGGAGAAGAGCCAGAAUCCCAGCAGCUCCAUUUUAAAUCACUUCUUCCAAAAGAAGUCCAGAACAUCUCCUGGUAAAGACACUCAUCAGGAUGUGCAGUGCGGACAAGUACAGCGAACACCAAGCCGCAACGCAAAGGUCCAACGUUCUGGAAAAUCUCAAAUGUCAGUGGUAGUAAAGGAAGAGCCGGUGGAUCCGGAGGACCCAUCUAUCAAGGCUCUGAUGUCCGUGAAACAGGAGGACACAGCUCUUCACGCUGCUGCGUUUGAGAUGGCACAUUCCUCAUCACCAUCAAACGAAGUAAAGCCUGUAAUCAAAGUCGAGUGUCCCGUGUGCUCUGUAAGCAUGGUGCAGCACUUAGUCAACAAACAUCUGGACACAUGUCUUUCCAGUGGGGAAAAGAAGGAAAGCCUGAGGAGCUCUCAAGGCACCACCAUGCGUCCAAUGGCAAAGGUGGUGUACAACCUCCUUUCAGUGCAGGAGCUGAAGAGGAGGCUGAAGGAGUGCCAUCUGUCAAAGCAGGGUUCUCGGGAGCAGCUGAUCAAAAGACACCAAGAAUUUAUCCACCUGUACAACUCACAGUGUGACUCCCUGGAACCUAAAUCAGUUAAAGAGAUCGCUAGAGAGGUGGAGGCCAAUGAGAAGAUGAGAAAUCAGCUGCAGAAAACUAGACCCGUCAUGCUUUUCUCAAAGAAACAGUCUGAGAAAGAGAUUGAUGAGAUGCAUUCAAAUUAUAGAAUGCAGCACAGCAGCGACUUCUCCCGGCUAAUUGCACAGGUCCGAGGCCGACUGCAGAGCACCAGACAAGCGUGUGCUAAACAGGAAGUAAAUGUGGAGAAAGAAGAACCCCAAUCAUCAAACUCUUCAGAAAGAAACCAUUCUGUAGCGGUGAAGGUCGAAGAUGUAGAAGAUGAUGUGGGUCCGUCUGCAAGAGGAAUGGAGUUGUCAUCCAGCCCCAGUUUUAGUGACGUGUCCAUCAGCAGUUCUAUUUCAGACAUUUUUGGUCCAGAAUCUUCCCUAAACCUUGAAGACACGGUGAAGUCUUCUUUCCAGAAGCGAACGUCCAGCUCCAGCGGCAGUACUGCAGAAAUGUCGCCUGCUACAGGAAAGCGGCGGCGUAAAACAUAAGGGGGCGGGUAGAGAUGUGAUGUUGGUAAAGUUUUCAGUAUUUGAAAUAAUUGGCACAUGUCGAACAUUUCUUUGACUUUAGGUUUUAGUGUUUACUUGGUUAUUAAUUUAAAAUAAAUUUUAUAGCAUUUUAUCAUA